UCUUACAGUUGAAUCCGUCCAUUGAGGGAUAGCACACCAGUACAUAAGAAACUCCUACAAAUCUGAAAGCCAGCUUUUCCUUCAGUGGUUGGCAAUGAUUGGGAGAUGAUGGUGCUGUUGCUGCUCUUUGUGUUUGCAGCUGUGUUCAACUGCAUCGCUACCUCUGCAGAAGUCUGCAACAAUAACUUCCUACCUGGAGCUAAAGGAGACCAAGGUGAGAUUGGAGAUGAGGGCGAUCAGGGAAAACUGGGAAAGAAUGGACCAUCGGGACUUCCAGGAGCAUCAGGGGAGACGGGGCUUAAAGGAGAGGUGGGCCACAUAGGAAAGAUGGGGCCUAUUGGAGAAAAAGGUUGCAAAGGUGAUACUGGUUUGGAGGGGCCCACUGGUUUAAAGGGAAAAACAGGCACAACAUGUGACUGUGGCAGAUACAGGAAGGUGGUUGGACAGCUGGAUGUCAAUGUAGGCAAGCUGAGGAAGGCUGUCAAGUUUCUAAAGAGCGUCAUCUUGGGCCUGAAAGAAACAGAAGAGAGCUACUACCUGCUGGUGAAGGAGUCAAAGAGGUUCAGAGAGGCUUCAGUGAACUGCCAGUUGAGAGGAGGCACUCUGGCCAUGCCAAAAACCAGCAACACCAACCACCUAAUGGCAAACUAUGUCAUUCAGGCAGGACUGACAAGAGUUUAUAUAGGAGUGCUGGCUCAAAGCAAUGAUACGAAUGGAACAAGUACUUAUGUUUAUGCAGACUCCAGCCCUCUGCAGGGGUUUGCCGCUUGGAGCCAAGACGUGGAGCUCAACUCCAGAGAAGCUCCCACCACAAACUCCAGCUGUGUGGAGCUGCUCAGCACUGGGGCCUGGAGUCCUGUGGAGUGUGAAGCCACCAUGUUUUUCAUCUGCCAGUUCCCAAAGAGCGGGAGAGGAGGAGGAGGAGGAGGAGCAGGAGGAGGAGGAGGAGCAGGAGGAGGAGGAGCAGGAGGAGGAGGAGGAGGAGGGGGAGAAAGAGGAGCCCUGUCAUGAAUCAAUAUGACAUUCUGACUUGCAUUCAAAAGAGAUUUAAGUGCACAUGUUGUGUAGAAGUAGCAUUUAAAUAAUCAUAAACAUUUCAAUCAUAGUCCUUUUAUUCUGGUUCCAACUUAUAGAUAUAGUCAAUUGAUUACCUGAUUCAUAUUUGAUCUCAAUGUAUUGAAGAACAAGCUGAUGCUUUCAAAUGGCUUGUUUCGCUCUUGUUUUGUAACCAGCAAAUUUUAACAUUUGAUAAAGUAGAACCCUUUCAUUUUUAGCUGUUUUUGCUACAGUUGGAUCUUCUUUUGAUAUUCUUGACGACUCGAAAAAGCCAUUUGCAAGAAAAGAGAUCAUUUUAUAUUCUCAAUAUGAGCACAGAUACAAACAAUAGAGAAAAGCCUUGCUUGGAUCAGCAGUGAUGCAUUUAAUGCGCUCUUUCUCAGACAGGAGCCUGCAGGAUGCAGAGUGCACACAUUUUCUCCCAUUUUGGGCAUUUGGCAACUUCUGAACUUUCUUUAUUAGUUUUCUCGUUGAUCUGCUUGGGAAGCCUUUUGUCCACCAUUGAGGAGACUCUUGUAGGUCUGCCUCUUGUAGUCCACCUGCUGGUGAUGGGACUGUGGCUCCCUCUGAGGUCACUGGGGGGUCUGGUGAAUGCAAACGGAAAACAGUGUUUCUAAAUAACUCUUUUCUACAUUGUGGGGAAGCUUCUCUCAUCCAGACGCAUAUAUUAUGUUAUAAAAUCGACAUCUCUUUACAAAACGGAGCAGUUGGCACAGUUUGCGGGUGGUGUCAAAGACUGUGAUGGCCAGGUUAAAGUGAUCAUACAUGUAAUGUUUUAGAUGGAAUAAAUAUUGAUUGUUGAUAUUAUAUAUUUUUUUUAAUGAACCUACUUUAAUUCAAUGUAUAUGUCAAUUUUUUUUUUCAAAUGAGAAAAUUAAAAAAAAGCUAUUUACCA